AUGACGCCGGCAACGCCGCCGAAUGAAAGCCGCCAGCCAGAUGCUUACAGUGGAUAUGAUACUCCAGAACCCGGCUCACCUGGAGGUUACAUGGGUGUACAUCCUCAAGCAUGGAGUGCUGAACAGUCGCAGUCAUGGAAUUGGAGCGCCGAUGCAACGGAGUUCACACCGGGAGAGCCGUUUUGUGGUAAUGUGGCUUUCUUUGUUCCGUUCCCUGGUAUGGUUGGUGGCGUCAUGCCAAACGCCAGCACAACAGAGGGCAGCAAUGGUGAGAUGCAGCAGCCAUCAGAGCUUCAUGAAAUGGAAGCGAAAAUGGCCGCACUUCAAGCUGAAAAUGAAAGGCUAACUCAACUCUACGAAGCCGAAUGCCAAUUAAGGCACAUUGAAGUCACCGCCUACAACCAGGUUUUUGAGAUGUAUGCAGUGCCCAAGGCAGAGGCGGAGGAGUUUGCUCGGCGACUUCAGGUGGAGACAGUCAGCAAUGAGGAGUCAUACCAAUCAGGUGCGAUGGCAGGUGCGAUUCCUAUGGAGACACCUGACGUGACGGGCAAUACCACAUCAGUGGAGACGCUGCUCAAAGAGACAUUUCCGCACAUCAAGAUUCACAGCCUCGACGAUCCUCCUGAACAUCAAAUCGCGGGCGACGAGGAGGCUCUUGUGGGCGACGAUGCAGAUGCCAAGACAGAUGAGGAAGAACUAGAACAGCAUUUGUUCCAGUUGCAGAGCAUGGUAGGAUCAGCCAUUGACGAAAGGGCAAAACAAACCUUGUUGAGCCUUCCACCAGAACAUGGGAAGGCAGCAUUAGGCAAAGUUGAGGACAUCAUCCACGAGCAGGGUGGAGUUUGCCGUAACUUGUCAUCAAUGGUGCAGUCUGUCUGCCGGAAGGUGGGACACUCUGCAGGAAUGAAGCAGUAA